AUGACGACAGACACCUCUGAUGAGGUGCUCAAAUUUGUGCUAUUUCAACUGAAACAUAUCAGACUAUACAAUUUACCGUCCAAUUUAUUAAAUCAAUUAAAAACAGGUAAUGGAAUCGAAGAACAAGUCGAAUGCAUAUGGUCCGGUACUAUCAAAUUAAUUCGAGAAAUCAAUCGGGAUAAUGGGGUGGCUAAUGAGAAUGAAGAUAAAAAGCAGUCUCAUACAAUACCGGCGUUUACCCAACACCGAUUGAAAUUGGAGUAUAUCAACGAUGCCAAUUCGCAAUCACAAAAACUUUGGGGCGAGACUUGGUAUGUGCCGAUUAAUAAGAGCCUCAAAGCAGAAUUAGGGUUACGGCCUGACGAUGAGGAUGUAGACACCGAAGUUGAGACAAGUAAAAUCAAAAUGGAGCAAAUUAAAAGUGUUGCCAAUGAUGGCACCGAUACAAUUCGAGAACUUUCGUACGAAUUGGGAAUUGUAUCCACCCAAUGGUUUAGGGUUGUUGUACAAUUGCCCGAUUCAGGGUUUCAUCCAUUGAUUGAAGAUGGAUCAGGAACUGCCAGCGGAGGCAAUGGACCACAGGUAGCACUACUAUUGCGGUUCAAACAUGAUAUUGACUCUGAAGAAUUUAUAGAGCAAUUGGAAAACUACAACAUGAGAUUUGAUCAUUUACAGCGACAAUACUAUUAUGAUAAAUGGGCAGAGAUACUAGAUCAAGACACGGUGCUGAAUGAAGACGUUAAAUCCAAAGAGUCAGGGUUGGACCCGUACUAUGAGGAUUUAAGUCUAAGCGACAACGAAAACAACUAUGAGGCAAAGGACAAACAAUCGCGAGUUAGUCAAAGUUCAGAGAGUGAAGACGAUGAUUUUGGUGAUUUUAUUAGUAAAUAA